AUUACAAAGAUAAUAAAAGCACAUGAAGAAAUUGAGUUGGAUUCGAGAGCUUGUCAGAUAGGUGCUGCCAGUGUGAUAAAAACGAUCAUCAUCGGCAAGUUGGAGUAGUUGCUUACUACUGUACUUGUUGUGGCGUACUGGUGUCACAUCUAGAUCUGUCACCUAUGGAAGGCUGAAGCGGUGGUGCCGGCUAGCUGCUGGUUGGUUCCCAAAGAGUUGACAUUAUGUUGCCACAAAUGAAGGAGACUCGAGCUAGUCUAAAACAAAGGAAAGAUAAUACUAUCAUUAGCAUAACUUGAUUCUUCAUAUACGCAGGGAGUCAUAAGGCGCUCUCUACCUCUCAGCUUCACUAGCUGUCGCAAACACAUCCUUCUCGUGCGAGAGCUCGUUGCUGCUGCGACGCCAUGGUGGAGGUCGCGGGGAUGAUUGCGAGUGCGGUGGGGAAUCAAGUUGCUAGCAAGCUGGGCGAGCUCGUGAAAGACGAGAUCGCUCUGCUGUGGGGGUUCAAGGAUGAUGUUGACGGCCUGAGGGAGAAGAUGGAGGACCUCCAGGCCGUGCUGCUUGAUGCCGAUGAGAAGAUGCGCCGAGGAGACACAGAAGGAAAAGCCGUUGGGCGGUGGUUGGCCAAGUUCAAGGACGUCGCCUACGACGUUGAGGACGUGCUGGACGACUUGGACGCUACCGCACUCGUCGAGAAAACCCAGUCAAAGGUCAAGUUAUUCUGUUGUGGGAGCGAUCAGCUCCUCCAACGGUCGACCAUAGCCCACAGUAUGAAGACCGUGAGGAAGAAAAUACACAAAAUAGAAAUGGAGGGCCAGAAACUUAAUCUUGUGCCUCAUGUGACAAGGGCAGAAGGGAGCAGAAACAAGGAAACAUUUGCAGCCAGCAGUAAUGAAGGCAUGAAAACUGGAAUGGUGGGGAGGGACAUCGAGAAAGACAAAAUAAUCAGCCUACUAUUGACAAGUGAAGCUAAUGAGGAUAUCUCCAUCAUUCCAAUUAUUGGGCUUGCUGGUCUAGGAAAGUCAACAUUGGCUGAAUCGGUUUUGGCAGAUAAGAGCAUCAAUGUCUUUGACGUCCAAGUCUGGGUUCAUGUGUCUGAUCAGUUUGAUUUACACAAAAUUGGGAGUGCCAUCAUGAAAAGCAUAAAUGGUAGUAUCAACCUUGAUAACUGUACUUUGCAGUUUCUACAUGAUAAUCUGAAAAAAGAACUUGCUACUACAAGAUACUUGAUUGUUCUGGAUGACCUCUGGGAAGAAGAUGGAGAUAAACUGGAAGAAUUGAAGCGGAUGUUACAAUAUGGCUACAAGGGUAGCAGGAUUGUAGUAACUACCCGAAACCAAAGUGUAGUGAAAGCACUAAGCACUGGUUUUCUUGCAAAAGAAGGUAAAUUUUGCACAGUACCUGAGUCUGACCAAAUCAGUUUGGGCGUUCUAUUACCCGAUGACUGUUGGGAACUAAUGAAGCAAAGGGCACUUGGACCUAGUGAUGACCAAAGUGGUUUGCAAGAAAUUGGAAGGCAAAUUGCAAUGAAGUGUGGGGGAAUACCGCUCGUGGCAAAUGCUCUUGGGCAAGUAAUGUUUAAGUUAAGGACUCUCAAGGCCUGGGAAGAUAUAAGGGACACCAAGGUUGAUUUAGGUUUGAGAGAAAACAAGACAUUGGAGUGUCUCAUGCUUAGCUAUAACUACAUGAAGAUUGAAUUCAAAAUGUGUUUCACAUAUUUGGCGGCCUUCCCCAAGGGUUUUGUGGUGGAGAAAUACCGUCUAAUCCAGCAAUGGAGUGCUCUUGGAUACAUUCAGACAGAGGAUGAUGGUGAAAGGUGUAUCAACUAUCUUCUCGGAAUGUCAUUUCUUCAUAUUUCAAGGUCAUCCUUGGUUAGUCCAGGUCCGGCGCAUGCCAGAACUUCUCACAAGCUCACCAUGCAUGAUUUGGUGCAUGAUCUUGCAUCAAUAAUUGCUUCCAAUGAAUUCCUUGUUUUAGAUGCUAAUUCCACUGAACCAAGGGGUUGGAAUAGAGCUCGUUACUGCCGACAUGCACGGCUGGUUAACUACCAGGAUCAACCCAAAGUUCUCGGAGAUCUGCCAACCAUGGCUAGAUCCCUCCAUUUUAGCUAUUCAGCAAAACUGGAACUUCCCCAAAUGGCAUUUGCUCAAUCCAAGUACAUACGUGUGUUGGACUUCAGCGGACAUUCAAUUGGGAGGCAGUCUACUUCAAGCAACUUAGACCUUAGUGGAAGUUCAGUUGAGGGGCAAUCCACUUCAAGCAGCGUAAUGAUGCCAUCAUCCAUUCAUAAAUCAAAGCUACUUAGGUACCUUGAUGCCACAUCCUUGCCAAUUACUUCACUUCCAAAGUCUUUCCACACACUAAAAUACAUGCAAACUUUAAUUCUAUCCAAAUGCUCACUUGAAACAUUGCCUGAUAAUAUCUCUAGCCUCAACAAGCUUUGCCAUUUGGACCUAUCUGGCAAUCUCAGCCUUAAUAAGCUCCCUGGAUCACUGGGGAAGCUCUCUAAACUCUCUUUCCUCAAUCUAUUGGGGUGUUCCAUGCUCCAAGAGUUGCCGGAGUCCAUCUAUGAGCUGAUAUGUUUACGGCACCUAGACAUGUCUGAGUGUCACGCCAUUAAAAAACUCCCUGAUAAAUUUGGCACCCUUUUGAAACUCAUAUUCCUAAACUUGUCAGGUUGUUCCAAGAUAACCAAACUACCUGACAAUCUUACACUUCAGUCUUUAGAGCAUAUGAACCUAUCAAAUUGCCAUGAGCUAGAAAGCCUACCAAACAGUUUUGGCAACCUUCAAAAGCUUGUGUUCUUGAGCCUCUCCGACUGCUACAAAGUUUCGUUGCUGCCCGAAUCCUUUUGCAAACUUAUACAUUUGAAAUUCUUAGAUCUUUCAGAUUGCCAUGACCUCAUGGAACUUCCUGAAUAUUUUGGUAACCUUUUUGAGCUUGACUCUCUGAACCUAACAAGCUGUUGCAAGCUGCAAGUACUGCCAGACUCAUUCUGCAAGUUGCUUAAGUUGAGGCAUCUCAAUUUGUCAUACUGCGUGAGGCUUGAAAUUCUCCCAUCCUGGUUAGGUGGCCUCAUGCUCCAAUUCUUGGACAUCUCUGGUACAAAUAUACUUGAUUUACCAGAUAGCAUCCGUGACAUGACUACACUCACUCAAUUUGUAGCCAUGUUAACAUACCCAAAUGUGUUUGACAAGGCUCAGGACAUUAAAAAACAUCUAAAUUUGCCAGAGAGAAUAGUUCAUAAGGUACAUCAGAUAAAAAAUAGAGGAUGCAGCAGUAUUGUGGAGUUAGCACAGUUGACUUGCCAUGAGCUCGAAGUUGCAGAACUUCAAAAUGUUAGUAAUUCAGAAGAUGCAGAGAGAGCUAAGCUGCGUGAUAAAUCAGAUCUUCAGUUGCUAGAUCUUAGCUGGGAAGGACAAGGAGAGGAGGGAAAAUCUGUGCUGGAGAGGCUCAUACCUCCUCGAACUCUGGAACACUUAUUUCUAUCGGGGUAUAUGAGCACGGAUUUCCCUAACUGGAUGUCUCACGUGUCCACCUACCUUCCUUUGCUCAUCGACCUCUCCCUUUAUAAUUUAGGAACAUGUGAUAAUCUUCCUCCAUUUGGGCAACUGCCAAAUUUACGAAAUCUAUUCAUGGAGAAUAUUCCUAACAUCAGAAAAAUUGGCAAGGAAUUCUAUGGAGGUGGAGGUUGUACAAAAUUAAGAUAUAUAAAGUUGAGGUCGAUGGAUAAUUUGGCGGAAUGGUGGACAACACAUUCAGGUAAAAACAAUGAAGAGUUCUUAAUCCCUAAUUUGCAUAGUUUGGAAGUAACGCACUGCCCCAAGUUGAAGUUCCUACCAUAUCCCCCAAGGAGUAUGUUUUGGCGCUUGAAUAACAGCACCAUGGUUUUGCCAGAAGGGGGUUUUGGGAAGCUUUUGUCUUCUGCUCUUCCUUUUGAGUUGGUAACAUUGAACUGCAAUUUUUCUCCAGUCAAGUGGGAUAGGCUUCGGCAUCUCCCCACCCUUAAGACAAUUGAAGUUAUUUCCUGCAACGGCUUAACGUCUCUCCGAAAGCUACUUUUAUCUUCGUUGAAGGACCUGAUGACACUGCCAGAAUGGUUGGGGAAUCUCACUUCUCUAGAACAUUUUUACAUCAAAGAUUGUCCCUUAGUGACAUCUUUACCUGAAAGCAUGAAGAAUCUUACUUCUCUCAGAGAACUAUGGUUGGGAGAUUGCAAAGACCUAGAUAUUUUGCCAGGAUGUCUAGGACAACUCAUCUCCCUUGAAAAAUUAACUAUCAAAGAUUGCCCCAACCUUACAAGUUUGCCUGAAAGCAUGGAGAACCUUACCUCUCUCAGAGAACUUUGGAUAAAGGAGUGCAACGGCCUAGAUGUGUUACCUGAAGGGCUGGGACAACUCACUUCCCUACAAGAAUUUAACAUCGUCAACUGCCCCAACCUCACAUGUUUGCCUGAAAGCAUACAGAACCUUACCGCCUUGAAGGAACUCUACAUUUGGGGAUGCCCAAAUCUGGCUGAGAAGCUCCGAGGAGAGAACGCCCAGAAGAUUUCUCACAUCCCGAUUGUCAAAGUAAAUGGUGGUACGAAACUCUUUCCACUUUUCUUAGUUACUUGUGAUUCAUUUGCACAUGGUUCUGCAAUAUUUGUGAUUACCAUCGAAUUUAUAGGUGCAUAG